UUCAGUUCUGAUAGUAUUUGAUAUCUACGGCAGCGUCUUAUCAAUCAGCUGUGUCUGGCUUCGGGCAGGUUGGUCACACAGUGACACCUUGAAGACAAGAGUGGCGAAAAUGGCGGGGGGACGGGAUGUCCAUCUUGUCCCGAUGAUGAACACGGAUUUCAAGGAGUUGGAACGCAGGCAUCUCAACCGCGUGAAGUUCUCACCAAUGGAGGAAGAGUAUCUCUCCAAGUACUUACUCUAUGUGGACGAAACGCAGCGCGUGUCGCGUGAGAAGUGCGAUCCGAUUGUUGCCGCAGUCGAAAGGACCAUGCUGUCGAUGCAGGCCCGGCUACAGGAAACUCCCGCAUUCUCCAACGGCUGGUUGACGGAGUGUGGUAGUUUCUUUGAGGACACGAAAGUCGGUGAGGCGAAUGAGUUUGAUUACAUUUAUUUGGUAUCCCGACAGGAUUUUGUGGCGGAAAAUGUUCAAAUCAAACUGACAAAGCCUGCAAAAUCAGACAUAACAGCAAAGGCGUUUUAUAAACUCUACAUGAACCACGGGCUGAAUUCUGGUAGCUUUACGCGCAACGUGAGUGCUGUUGGUGGGCCACCUUCACCAUUUUUAGCAGCUGCUGGGGCUCCGGUAGACGACACUGAGAUCCACGCUUGGAAACUUCACCACGACUUCUACAAAGUAAUUGAAGAAAUUAUCAGGGACAUGUUUGACUUGAAAGACGACACGAGGACAGUGGUGUUAAAAAAGGCUGGACCUGCUGUGAAAUUGGUUUUAUUGAUUCACGAAGGUGAUAAAAAGAGCGAGAUCAGCCCGAGGUUUGUAAAAAUUGACAUAAGCCUUGCCCUGGAAGCGAACGCAAGGAAGCUAUUGGACGACAAGACUCUUCGUUCGUACGCCUCGUUCCUCCAUUCAAUGGACCAGCUGAAAUGCCACUUCGUGCCCGCCCACGACUACUGGAAACUCUCCUUUGCCGCUAUGGAGAGGGACCUCAUGAACAAGACAUCGGCCAAGGACUAUAAGGGAGUUUGUUAUCGUGCCAUUAAGAUUCUCCGGGACCAAGUUGACGUGAAGGAUACACUGGGAGAUGGCAUCCUCUCCUCCUACCCUCUUAAAGUCACACACCUGAAGAAGACCCUCUCGGCGUAUAUCAAAGACGAAAAAGACACUUGGACCAGAGACAAUAUCGGGAGGAACGUUGUGGCAAUCGCGCGCGCGGUUGACAAGGACGGCGAAAGAAACAAGCUGAGUGGCCUGUUCCUGCGUAACGACAACAUCAUCUCGGAAUCUGAUAGGUCGUACUUGGAGAGUAGGCGUAUUUUGACAGAGUUGAAAAACUUGGCGACUGACUACAAAGUACAUGGUUGUCUUCAUACUGUUUCUUGGUUGAUUCUGUUGUUGUGUUCUAUUGGAAUCAUCAGUAUUGAGACAGUGACUUGGAAUGUGGUUGACUGGGAUCAAUUUCACAAUGAUUGCGAGGCGUACUGGCACAACAAAACUGACUUUGCGAUAGUUCCUCACGAUCCUAUAGAUGUAACCUUCCUCUUCGUCUACUCCAUCCUUAGCUGGCUGUUACUCCUAACCAAUCUUAUCUCGCUAAGCUUGGUGCACAUCUUGGCGUUCAAAAUGGACAAACCUCUAUUUAGAGUACUGCCAAACCUGAGGGCAAUUUACGUCGUGACGACACUCGCAGCUGCAGCGCUGUGCGCAUUCGACAUUUUCAUCAUCAUCGAUUUCAUCAAAGACAAUGGAUGCAUCCACCUUGGAGAACCACUAACCUUGACGAUUUCUGCUUGGACGAUCCGCUUUCUUGCAAGCGUUCCCAUUUUUCUGUUACUGAUUUCUUUCGUUGUCAAUGCGAUAUACUACAGAGACAGACGGACAUGCACGGGCUAUGAUGUCAUUUUCUUCUCGUGUCCAUGCUGUGCGAAAGGAGGCUCCACCUGUACCAGCAGUGAAACUGACGCAAGAGAGGACCCUUACGUCGAUGUGAAUGGGAGAUCCUUUCGGUCCCGCGCCUUUUCAUUUCCUUCCAUCCUCAAUGUACAUGUGAUUCCCACCGAUACACUUAAUCCCCCUGACACGGACGAGGAGUGAGUGGGAGAAAAGAGGCACGUCCUCGGCUGUCGUGCCUAUCACUCUGGGCUGGGUCGUUCUAAAUAGUGUUAGUGCUAAUGUCGGUGUACGUGUUAAAUCUAGUGCUUUUAGUAAGUGUAACGACUUGGUAGAUUGGUGACGAACAGUUCGACUCCACAUUUUGAGCCUGGGUUCGUGGCAAGUUCAGCGCUUUUAUAAUAGACGGCGACUGUCGAAGUAUUGAAGUGGUACUUCGUUAAGUGACGCGUGCAUAACUGGGGGUGUGUAGCAAACCUCAGCCAAAUCAUUUAAUAAAAAAAUUUAAAGAAAUAAGUACUCGGUCACCUCCCAGAUUUUAUUUCAAAUGCUGAGCUGAAAAGACUCUUUGGGCUUAGGAGACCUCUGCCCGUUACAUUAAAUUGAGUCCUGUAUCAAGAUUUUUACAGUUUGGCAUAAAAUGACAAAACGGCGUAUACAUGUACUUCUUCAUCAAUGUCAUCGGCAUCAUCGGAAUCAUCGUCAUUAACCAUACAUCUUGUCAUGAACCAAAUAUCGAAUACCUUCCAAUGCCAAUUUAUUAUUGACGCUUGCACGGGAAGAUUAGGCUUUGUGCAUACCAACAGUAACCCGAACCUGAAAGCCUGCAUUUUAUGCAGUGAAUGGUCCUCAAAUAUUGAAAUACCCCAGUAAAGGAAAUCUCAAAGUGUAAAUCUGAGGAUAGUUUACUUAGUUAAUAA